UUGGGCCUGCCUGUCAGAGAACAUUCAGUCUGACAGGUGAUCAAACCUUCAAUAUAUCUGACCGAGCAUGUUUCGAUAUCUCCAUUGAAUUUUUUUUAAUUAUGGCAUCCUGAGAUCUGGUAUCCUGCCUUCCGGUCGCGAGCAGCCCAAAAACAUGAAUCAAUUAGACCUGCCGAAAGCUUAUAAUGGAGCAGAGUCUUGUACGAUUGGCAUAACCGGCUUUGGGCCCCAAUCUCUUCCUCGACAUGUUCUUCCAGUCCCAACAUCGACUUGACUGCGCCGCCAAACAAGAGGAACGACAGAGGUCAUUGGAUAGUUUACCCUCGUCGUUCUUCGAGCCAUGCACAGAGUCCGAUAAUAAGGUGCUUGAAUUGCCCCUAAGCGAACUAGUCCAGCGCCAUAACGCAGGAUCACUAUCAACGGCGAGCAUUCUGAAUGCUUACGGAAAGAAAGCAAUCUCAGCACAAAAAUCCACCAAUUGCCUAGCCGGAGUCAUGAUUCAAGAAGCUCUAAACCCCAAACUUCCACCUUCUCCAUCCGGUUCAGACUGCACAGACAUUCCCGACCAACGCCCGAAACCCCUUUCUGGUGUUCCCAUCAGUAUCAAAGACUGUAUCGAUAUCGAAGGCUACGACACCACCGUGGGCUAUUCCUCUAAAGUUAAUCAUCCCGUUUCAUCGUCGGCAGCGAUAGUCCGACUUCUUCAUGAUGCAGGGGCGAUUACUCACGUGAAGACUACCGUACCUCCUGGUCUUCUCGGACUAGAAACAUCAUCAGACCUUUUUGGGCGAACGAGUAAUCCGUAUAACCAGAAUUACUCCAGUGGCGCUUCGACGGGUGGUGGGGGCGCACUUCUUGCAUGCAGAGGGAGCGUUAUAGAAGUCGGCACAGAUCUUGGUGGCAGCAUAAGAUUGCCUGCCCAUUUUUGUGGAAUAUAUGCUAUGAGGUCUUCGAUUGGACGUUUUCCGUGCCAGGGCACGCUUUCCCCCAUACCUGGACUAGAGUCGGUGGCUACUAUAUCCGCUCCGAUGUCUCGAAGACUGGAAGAUCUUGAAGAGUUUUGGAAGCGUGUCGUGGAGAUGAGGCCAUGGGAGUAUGAUCAUACGUGUGUUCCAUUACCCUGGCGACCCGUAAACCUUCGAGAGACGAAGCUAAAGUUUGGAGUCGUUUGGGAAGAUGGCAUUGUUUCUCCCUCUCCUGCUUGUCGUCGUGCUUUGGAAUGGGUCUGUGAUGCAUUGGAGAAGCAAGGCCAUGAAGUAGUUGAUUUUUCACCCCCUAGCAUCCCAGAAGGUCUAAAUGUCGGACUCCAGUUAUGUUUUGGAGAUGGGGGGGCUGGUUUCUUUAAUCCCGUGCGCAAGGACGAGAAACUUGACCCCGUGAUGGUUGCUAUCAAAUCUUUAUUGGGGAUGCCCCUUUGGAUCAAGAAGUUCCUGGCGAUGAUAACGCGUAAAACAACUGGUGAUGAGGUCUGGGCAUCAAUGCUCGAGACGGUCCACCUCAAAUCCCCAGCCGAGGAACGCGUGCUCGUCGUCUCCCGAGACGAGUACAGAGAAAAGUGGAACCAAGCAUGGGAAGAUGAAAGAUUCGACUUUGUCCUGACGGUUCCAUAUGCAUUGCCCGCUAUCCCUACUGGAACCGCAGAGAAGGCGACCCUGGUGUCUGCUUCCUACAUGAUGAUUUUCAAUAUCUUGGACUAUGUUGCUGGCGUUCUCCCGGUAUCUUUUGUUGACCGCCAGUCGGACGCGCUACCGAAGGAUUUCAUGAAGAGUUCCGAAUACAAGAACAUGGGAUUGAUUUCUAAGGGAGCGUACUCUGUUUACGACGCGGAUAAAAUGCACGGACUGCCCCUUGGCGUGCAGGUCGUUGGAAAGCGUUUUGAGGAAGAGAAAGUCUUGCAGGGGAUGAAGGUCGUUGAAGACGCUCUCGAGGCAUGUGGUCGCAAGUUCGUUCCCCGGGAAUUUUAGGGUGACCCAUCGUUAAAUCUAUGCGGUAAACUUGUACACUAUC